AUGACUACUCGAUCCAAAAAUGGAAUUGUCAAAUCUAGAAUAAAUCCUACAAUCCUACUUUCUAGUGCUGAACCAAAAUCAGUGAAAAUUGCUCUCACUGAUCCUAACUGGCUUGCUGCUAUGCAAGCUGAGAUUCAAGCUUUACAUGCAAAUAAUACAUGGCAGCUGGUUGACUUACCCUCGGGCAGGAAACCCAUUGGAUGCAGGUGGGUUUUUCGAGUCAAAGAAAAUCCUGAUGGCUCAAUUAAUAAAUACAAGGCCAGACUUGUUGCUAAGGGGUUUCAUCAACAACCUGGUCUUGAUUUCUCUGUAUUAGAGAAAAGAAUAGAAUAA